AUGUUUCGUCCCAAAUCCACCAGAGCUCAGGAUGAGCAGGUGGAGCAGGGUGAGGUGGACCAGGACACUGACGAGGCCCCAUCCAGGAGGUUUACUGAUGAUCUGACUUCUCUACAGGACGUCAUCUGCUCUGUAGAGGACAAUGGUCAUCAGGAGCCUCCUGCCAGUGCUCCUGAAGUCCUUCCCGCUGCCGAGGACCAGCCUCAAGAUCAGGACAGUCCAGUCAGUCCGUCAGCAGACGAGAGUGCACCACAUCUGCCGAGACAGCUGGACUGUGAUGAGAUCGUGAGGGUUGAGGGAAUCUAUGUCGCUCAGGGGUUCUCGCUUCAGCCGGUGUACGCAGAUCUCACGAUCACAAACUCUCCACCUGACCAUCCCAGACCAGUGCCUCUAGAGGUGGCAGUGACAGUCUUGGUCAAUCAAGGCCCCAGCUGUCGCCACAUUAAGUGGCUCUGGCCCAUAGAGUUACUGGACUGGCAGGACCAUCUCGACCAGUACAUCAUGGUCCUAGAGCAGCCCUCACCCUGCAUGGACAUGUACGAUUUCUGGCUGCAUUAUGACGACCUCUUCAGUGAGGGUAUGACCCGUCAUUUCAUGCAGCAAGUUAUCGACGCUGCUGCCGUGUGCUGUUCCCGGGGGGUCCUCCAUCAUGAUAUCAAGAUGCCGAACCUCCUGGUCAACAUAGAGACCCUGGAGGUGAAGCUGAUUGAUUUCGGCUGUGGGGACCUCCUGAAAAGCACAUUGUACAAAACCUACAGUGGGACAGCGAGGUACUGCCCUCCUGAAUAUUUUGAGAGGGGCGAGUACAAUGGGAAACAGGCAACUGUGUGGUCACUGGGAGUGCUCCUGUUCCGCAUGAUCACCAGCCUUUUCCCCGAGAGCAGCGAUAUCAGUCUGAUGGACACUGAUAUCUGGUCCCAGCCAGGCUUCUCCAAUGAGAGCUGCCGUUUUAUCCGAGGAUGUCUGAAGAGCGACCCGGGGAAGAGGCUUCAUUUAGAGGAGAUGCUCUUCCAUGACCAGUUUAAAGUCCCCCUGUAAGUCAUGGAGGACAGGGUCAGCUUUGCGUCUGGCGGGCUGACACGGGUGACCCCUCCAUCCCUCCAGUCUUAGUGUCUUGCGGGGCUGGCAGGCCUUGGUAGCGUCUGGCGCCUUGGCUUGAGGCAGCAGUUUUAGCAUCUUGCGGAACUACUCGCCUAGGGAUGUGAAUUGUAAAUAGUUCAUUUAGUUUUAGUUAGUUAAGUACUUCAC